AUGACCACCAGCAACGAUCUUCAUCCUUCCACUAACGAUAGCCCGAUAGCAAGUACUAGACCAAACCGAAAGUCGUUUGGCAGUCGUGGGAGUGUCGAGCAACCGGUUCCUCAAGGCGAGUCGAGUGGCAUCCUGACUUUCUCACUGGAAGCACAGGCCAAACGGAAGACACCCCGGGAGCAGGAAGAUAUACAAGGAACGGGCAACAAAAAGCUUUGCAGUCUAGACUUGACGGAUCUACCGACCCUCGGCGAUCACUUCCUGCGAGCCCUCCACGGAAAGACAGAGUCAGUUGUUUCCUUAUCUGCUGCCCGUCUACGGGAUGCAGAAAUGGCCCUCUCCCACGCUGAGGGUACUCUCCAGGGAGCCAAAGACGCCAUGGAAGCUGCGAAGUUGCUCCAGCAUAACAGUGGCGCCCGAACCGCGAGGUUUCAACAGUGGAUGGACGAGGCUCCUUCAGAAGAUCAGGAUCCAGAUUUCGAAAACGCAGUCUUGAGUGCUACCAAAGCGUCGCAGGCAUACCUGGAUCAAUAUAGCCUUCGCGCCCAGAAACGCAUCGAAGCAGCAAAGCAUGAUUAG